GUUGUUGCAGCCCGCACAUCUUUAGCCAAACAUUUACAUGUCUUUUACGUUUUUUCGUUGCAGGUCUCGCUCGCUUCGGAUUCAGUCGUUCGUCGUCCACCGUUCACAAUGGCCGCUCGUUUAUGACGAAUCCGGCGCGCAUAAGAAGCGAGCAAAGCGGCGGAGCGGCGGCGGCGUGGUCCGGAAGCGGGGGCCAGAGAAGCAGCGGCGAGAGCGUGCCGGUGCCGGUGCCGGUAUCGGUGCCGGUGCUCGUGCCUCUCGACGAACCGAGCGAACAGGGACGAGAGACUACGUUUCCUUUCGGCCAGUUGCGCUCACACUCCCAUCCAAAGUGGCUAAGAGCGUAAGCCCUCACCGGGUGCACCAGGAGUGCUCGAGCGCCGGGGAGGUGCAGGUACAGGUGCAACAGGAGAGACGAGCACCGAGGCGCAUGCCUUACCUGGGGCCUGAUAUGACAACCCGGCUGUCCGCCAUGUUCUACACGGUCGAAGUCGGGGACACCAGAUUCACCAUCCUCAAGCGGUACCAAAACCUGAAGCCGAUCGGUUCCGGGGCACAGGGGAUCGUUUGCGCGGCAUACGACACGGUGACCGCGCAGAACGUCGCGAUCAAGAAGCUCUCCAGACCCUUUCAGAACGUGACGCACGCGAAGAGGGCCUACAGAGAGUUCAAGCUGAUGAAGCUGGUCAAUCACAAAAACAUAAUCGGUCUGCUGAACGCGUUCACGCCGCAACGGUCGCUGGACGAGUUUCAAGACGUGUACUUGGUGAUGGAGCUGAUGGACGCGAACCUGUGCCAGGUGAUACAGAUGGAUCUGGAUCACGAGCGCAUGUCCUACCUGCUCUAUCAGAUGCUCUGCGGCAUCAAGCACUUACACUCGGCCGGUAUCAUUCACAGGGACUUGAAGCCGAGCAACAUCGUGGUGAAGGCCGACUGUACGCUGAAAAUUCUCGACUUUGGCCUGGCUAGGACCGCCGGGACAACCUUCAUGAUGACGCCGUACGUGGUGACGCGGUACUACAGGGCGCCGGAGGUGAUCCUCGGGAUGGGAUACAAGGAGAACGUGGACAUUUGGUCGGUCGGGUGCAUAAUGGGCGAGAUGAUACGAGGUGGCGUGCUGUUCCCCGGCACCGAUCACAUCGACCAGUGGAACAAGAUAAUCGAGCAACUGGGAACGCCGGCGCAGGAGUUCAUGCAGCGGCUGCAGCCGACGGUGAGGAACUACGUGGAGAACAGGCCGCGGUACCCGGGAUAUCCGUUCGACAGGCUAUUCCCGGACGUUCUGUUCCCGUCGGACUCGUCGGAGCACAACCGACUGAAAGCCAGCCAAGCCAGGGAUCUAUUGUCGCGCAUGCUCGUGAUCGACCCCGAGCGACGCAUCUCCGUCGACGAUGCUCUGCUGCACAAUUACAUAAACGUGUGGUACGACGAGGGCGAAGUGAAUGCCCCUGCACCGGGCCCGUACGACCACAGCGUGGACGAGAGGGAGCACACGGUGGACCAGUGGAAAGAGCUGAUCUAUCAGGAGGUGAUGGAGUACGAGACGAGCCACAAUCCGGCGACGGUGGCUCAGACGUCCGAGAGCGGUGAUUCCCGGUAGACAAGCAAGAAACUUGCCGCCAUUCGCGUCGAGGGCGCACCUAGACUGUCCGAUCUUGUCAUACGUAUAUACGUAUACACGCGCGUGCGCGCCGACAUCUGUCCACCCACACGCCCUUAUCUUCUACACGUUUCUACGCGUAGAUACACACACACAACACACACACGCGCGCGCGCAGACGACACAUAGUUGCGACAAACGCGCGUGUAUACGUAUACAUGUACGUAUAUAUA